AUGAGGGUGAACAAGAAGUACUCCUGUCUGCCUGCUGAGGAGAAGGGCAUCCACAUCAUCAACAUCCGAGCCAUCGAGGACAUCGGCUACGACCAGCACGAGAGCACGUUGUUAAAUUCCCUAUCCAAAAACCCGGAUGCUGACUGCAAGUACGGGCUGUACUUCCGAGAUGGCAAAAGGAAGGUGGACUACAUCCUGGUGUACCACUACAAGAAGUCCUCGGCCGGGAAGACGCUGGCCAGGAGAGCUCAGCAGAAUGAUGCCAGUGUCCGAAGCAGCAAGCAGGACCAGCCCCUCCCCGGGAAGGGGGUGCAGCUGGAGAUGGGGGACAGUGAGCCUCACGUGGAUUACCACGAGGACGACAAGAGGUUCCGCAGGGAGGAGUAUGAAGGGAACCUCGUGGAGGCUGGGCUGGAGCUGGAGCGUGAUGAAGAUACUAAAAUCCAUGGGAUUGGAUUUGUAAAAAUACAUGCACCGUGGAAUGUAUUGUGUCGAGAGGCAGAAUUCCUAAAACUCAAGAUGCCCACAAAAAAGAUGUAUCAGAUCAACCAGACUCACGGCCUCCUGAAAAAGAUUAAUUCUGUGAUUCAAAAAAUAACAGAGCCCAUCCAGCCAAAAGUAGCAGAACACAAACCUCAGAUGGUGAAGCGCCUCUCCUACCCCUUCUCCAGAGAGAAGCAGCACUUAUUUGAUUUGUCUGACAAAGAUUCCUUCUUUGACAGUAAAACGAGAAGCACUAUAGUUUAUGAAAUAUUGAAAAGAACAACGUGUACCAAAGCAAAAUAUAGCAUGGGGAAAGGAGAGGGAAGAAAGAAGGAAACUGCCCUUUUAAAUAAAAGACGAAAAUGUGGUAAAUAUGGGAUCACCAGCCUGCUUGCCAAUGGAGUUUACAGUGCUGCAUAUCCUCUGCACGACGGUGACUAUGAAGGUGAAAACGUGGAGCCCAAUGACAGAAAACUGCUGUGUGAGGAGUGGGCGAGCUACGGAGUGUUUUAUAAAUACCAGCCCAUCGACCUGGUGAGAAAAUACUUUGGAGAGAAGAUCGGGCUAUAUUUUGCCUGGCUGGGAGUUUAUACACAAAUGCUCAUUCCAGCUUCAAUUGUAGGGAUUAUUGUUUUCCUGUAUGGCUGUGCAACUGUGGAUGAGAAUAUACCCAGUAUGGAGAUGUGUGACCAGAGAAACAACAUCACCAUGUGUCCCUUGUGUGACAAAACGUGCAGUUACUGGAAGAUGAGCUCUGCCUGUGCCACUGCCCGUGCGAGUCAUCUGUUUGAUAACCCUGCCACUGUCUUCUUCUCAGUCUUCAUGGCUCUCUGGGCUGCCACCUUUAUGGAGCACUGGAAGAGAAAACAGAUGCGCCUCAACUACAGGUGGGACCUGACUGGGUUUGAAGAGGAGGAGGAGGCAGUCAAGGAUCAUCCAAGAGCAGAAUAUGAAGCGAAAGUUUUAGAAAAAUCAUUGAGAAAAGAACACAAACAUAAAGAGAAGCACGGAUAUUUUCCAGAAGAGACAGCAAACAAAUGGAGACAAAGAGUUAAGACAGUCAUGGCUGGGGUGAAAUUGACGGAUAAAGAGAAGCUGACAUGGAAGGACCGUUUUCCAGCCUAUUUAACCAAUUUUGUUGGCAUCAUCUUCAUGGUUGGGCUGACGUUCGCCAUAGUGUUCGGAGUGAUCAUCUACAGGAUCUCCACGGCCGCUGCCCUGGCCAUCAGCUCCACGCCCUCGGGGCGCUCCAGCGUCCGCGUCACCGUCACCGCCACCGCCGUCAUCAUCAACCUGGUGGUCAUCAUCAUCCUGGACGAGGUGUACGGCUGCAUCGCCAGGUGGCUCACGCAGAUCGAGGUGCCAAAGACCGACAAGAACUUUGAGGAGCGGCUGAUUUUCAAGGCUUUCCUGCUGAAAUUUGUCAAUGCCUACACCCCCAUUUUCUACGUGGCUUUCUUCAAAGGCCGAUUUGUCGGACGUCCGGGUGACUACGUCUACAUUUUCCAUUCCUUCCGAAUGGAAGAGUGUGCCCCAGGAGGUUGCCUAAUGGAGUUGUGUAUCCAGCUCAGUAUAAUCAUGCUGGGCAAGCAGCUGAUCCAGAACAAUUUGUUUGAGAUUGGCAUCCCAAAAAUGAAGAAGUUUAUACGAUACUUGAAAUUAAAGCGUCGGCGUUCUCUAGACCAUGAAGAGCACAUGAAGAAAAAGCAGCGCUAUGAAGUGGACUACAACCUGGAGCCCUUUGCUGGACUCACCCCUGAGUACAUGGAAAUGAUUAUCCAGUUUGGGUUUGUAACUUUGUUUGUUGCCUCCUUCCCUCUGGCACCUUUAUUUGCUUUAUUGAACAACAUCAUUGAAAUCCGUCUGGAUGCCAAAAAAUUUGUUACUGAGCUGAGGAGACCGGUAGCAGUGAGAGCAAAGGAUAUAGGAAUCUGGUAUAAUAUCCUCAGAGGUAUUGGAAAGCUUGCUGUCAUCAUAAAUGCAUUUGUGAUCUCAUUCACAUCCGACUUCAUUCCACGCCUCGUGUACCUGUACAUGUACAGUGAGAAUGGCACCAUGCAUGGCUUCGUCAACCAUACACUAUCCUCUUUUAAUGUCAGCGAUUUCCAAGCAGGAACAGCUCCCAACGACCCCUUGGAUCUUGGCUACGAGGUUCAGAUAUGCAGGUACAAAGAUUAUAGAGAACCCCCCUGGUCUGAAAACAAAUAUGACAUUUCAAAGGAUUUCUGGGCUGUCCUAGCAGCAAGAUUGGCAUUUGUGAUAGUUUUCCAGAACUUGGUCAUGUUCAUGAGUGAAUUUGUUGACUGGAUUAUCCCAGACAUUCCCAAGGACAUUAGUCAGCAGAUUCACAAGGAGAAAGUUCUCAUGGUGGAGGUCUUCAUGCGGGAAGAGCAAGGGAAGCUGCAGAUGCUGGAAACCUGGAAAGACAAGGACAAGAGAAAAGGGGAAAACUGUAACAACCACAGCCCCAGCCUCUCCAGGAGCCGCAGUGGGAGCUUGUCCUCCUGCCAUUCCUAUCCUCUGGACGUUUAGGAGAGGAGGGAGCUGAGUCUGUUGGGGCAUUCCAGAGACAAGAGCCAUGGCGCCAAGGGCAGGACUCCGGUGACGGACACCCCGGUGCAAGUCGAGGGAUGUGCUGCCAUUUCGCUGCCAUCUCUGUGAGAAAUGCCCUUCUUGCAAACAUGGAGGACCACGUUCUAUUUCUGACAAUGUUGGGGUUUUGGUUUGGGUUUUUUUUUUCUUUUUUUUUUUUGGUUUUUUUUUUCCUUUUGCACAAGCAGUAAUGCAGGGAGAUUUUAUAUUUCAUCCUUAGGUAACACUAUCGACGUUGGCGUGCAUUAAGAGAUGCAGGUACUUAGGACAAUCUUGCUAGACAUAUUCUCUGAGAAUCUGAUCUUAGCCUAUCAAUUAGCUAAUGAAAUAAAGGUAAAUUUAAAGUAAUAAUAAUAGUAAUGCUAACUUGAACUAUUUUUGGAAAACCAGGUUCAAAAGUCCAUGAGGUAACUCGAUAAAUGGUAUGAAAAAUCAGUAUUCCCUAGUACUCCAAAAAGCCUACCAGGCUGACUUGCUUCCCAAGGCUGGGUUUAGCUGUGGAUCUGAGCUUUGGAGUCCCACAGGUGUGGGGGGCACUUGUGGCAGCCUGCUGUGUCCCCCAGA